AUGGCAGCUCCCUACCGUCUUUUCUCCCUUUCUCUCCCGCACGGCGUGUCCGAAGAGACAUGGCAAAAGUUCUACCAGAGCCAUCACCUCGCUGAUGUCGCCACUGGGAUUGGGUACAACGGCCACGGCACGCUCUAUCACGUGACCACGUCGGCCACCGGGCGGGCACCCUCAGAUGAGAAGAAAUAUCUAUCCAUGUAUGACACAAUAGAUAGUCAUCCUCUGAAAAGCGAAAGGUACAAAGACGUGAAGAAGACAAGCCAUGUCCUUGGAGAAAACUAUUUGCCCAAGGAUCUGGCCCAUUUGUCCGUCAGAAAUUAUAAACUGGUGGAGAUAUUCGACCCCAAGAACAUAGGAAAGGAAGUGCAACCCGCGCGCUUUUUUAUCUGCGAGGAGGCGAACCCGGGUGGCAUUGAAGAGCUUCGCAAUUUCUAUCGCGAAGAGCAGGUCCCGAAGCUGGCUCGUUAUCCCGGCUACAGACGGACCUUGCUUCAUCACUUCCAGUCCUUGGACAAGGGAAAUGACUCUCCAGCCUCGACGCUUACCACGCACGAGUUUGAUAACCUGGAAGACUUUAAGUCUCCGGGCUUGCGGGAUCUUGUGGAAGCUGGGCUGAAUAACAAAGUCAUGGGACCACAGCAAGCAAUUAAGACGUGGACCUUCGAACUUGUUCAUGCCGUGUAA